AUGGCUGAUGCUGCGCCGAAGGAGGAAUUGUUUCAAUGGUUUGCAAGUGAGCUCGCAGCAGAGCGCUCCAACUUGGAGACCCGACAUAAACAACUGCUGAAGGAGCUAAGUUCCAAGCUGAAUGCUGGCAAGCUGCGAGGGCCCGCCAGCGCAUUGGAGGCUCUACGCUUUGCGCGGACAGAGGACUCGGACAAGCGGGCCCUGGACAAGCCCACGCCUCAUGACGAGCCUCAGAAAGCAAUGAACUUCACGGCCGCCUUGCCUGAAGAGCAGCCUGAAGAGAAGCACGUGUUUGCUGCCAAUCCAGAAGAGGCAGAGAUGCAGAAGGUAGUGGCAGCAGAGGCCGAGAUGGAGGAGGAGUCGAAGGCCUUGCACAAGAAGGCCAAGAAAGAGAGAUCCGAGCUGAGCAACACCUUGAGGAGAAAGAGCCAGAAGGCUGAAUACUUGAGCGAAGGAUUCUGGUACAGGAUCGCAAGGCAUCCUCUGUUCGAGCUGGUCUUCGCCUGCUGCAUCAUGGGACAUGCAGCCACCUGGUCUGUGUAG